UAAGGAACUUGAACUCAGCGGAAACAAGCUCCAAGACAUUAUAAAUUCAAAAACUUUAGAAGAACACCACCUCCAAGAUAUGCUAAAUGCAAAGUCUGCUGAGAUAAACAAGCUUCAAACUGAUCUACAAACAAAGACCUUGGAACUGAGUAAUCUUGAAAAUGAGAUGAAGUCAAAGUGUGCAGCGAUGGAUAUGCUUCAAGAUCAGUUCCAGUUGAAGUCUUUGGAUGCAGAACAACUUCAAAACGAGUUGCAAUCUACAUCUAAUGAGGUAGAAAAACUUCAGCGGGAUCUACAAUCAAAUAACUUAGCAUUGGAAAAUCUCAAAACCGAACUGCAGUCAGAGUCUGUGAAAGUAGAAAAUCUAGAGGAUGAGUUAAUUUGUAAGUGUGAAGCGAUAGAUAAUUUACAAUGUACAUUACAGUCUAAGUCUUCAGAUAUAGAAAAACUGCAAACAGAGUUACAGCUGAAGUCUUUGGACGUGGAAAAUCUUCAAGAAAUGAUACAGUCAAUAUCCUCAGAAAUGGAUAGAAUCAAAAGCGAGUUACAGUUGAAAACGUCAGAAGUUGAGAAACUUCAAUGUGAGUUAGAGUCAAAGUCUGUAGAAAUAGUAAAGUUGGAUUAUAAACUAAAUUUAAUGCAGUCUGAGAAUAAUAUGCUGCAAUCACAGCUAGAAACCAAUUCUUUGGAUAUACAAAACCUGAAAGACAACCUACAGAAACAAUAUACAGAGAAUAAUAAGUUGUAUUGUGAUUUGCAGUCUAAGUCUAGCGAGGCAGAAUGCCUUCAAUGUGAAUUACAAGCAAAAACAUCGGAUAUUCAAAAACUUGAAAUUGAAUCACAGUCAAAGUCUCUAGAUUUGGAAAGUUGUCAAGAAAAGUUACACUGUAACUCUUUAAAAUUGGCUAGUCUUCAAGAUGAAAUUCAGUCAAUGUGUGAAGCAAUGGAUAUACUCCAGAGAAACUUUCAGUCCAAAUCAUCAGAUGUGGAUAAGCUUCAAUGUGAAUUGCAGUCUAAGACUACAGACUUUGAAAAUCUUCAUCGUGAUUUACUAUCAAAUGCAUCUGAGAUAGAAAAGCUACACUGGGAAUUACAAACAAAGGAUAUUGAAAUCCAAACAUAUCAGAGCGAAUUACAGGGAAAAACUUCAGAAUUGGACAAAUUUAAAGAAGAAUUGGAGUCAAAGUGUGUUGCAAUAGACUUUCUGCAAAGUAAUUUACAGUCAAGGUCUUCAGAUGGGGAAAAACUUCAAAGCGAGUUACACGCAAAGUCUUUGGAAAUUGAAAAACUUCAACAUGAUUUAUUGUCCAACUCCUCGGAAAUAGAGAAACUACAAGGCGAAUUGAAAGCUACGAUUUCACAAAGUCAAGAAUAUGAAAAUGAAUUACAGUCAAACAUUUUGGAGAUAGAAAAUCUACAGCACCAGUUGAAAUCAAACUGUGACGCAAUGAAGAUUCUUGAAAAUACUUUGCAGUCAAAGUGUGCAGAAGUUGAUAGAUUACAAAGUGAUUUUCAGACAAAAUCUUCUGAUUUGGAUAAAGUUCAAUCAGAAUUUGCAUCAACAUCUUUAAAAAUAAAAAAAAUUCAGAACGACCUACAGGAAAAAUGCACAGAGAAUAACAAGUUACAAUACGAUUUGAAAUCAAAAUCCCUUGAGGUAGAAAAGCUUCAAAGUGAAAUAGAGUCAAAGACUUUGGAAAAUCAAAAACUUCAAAAUGAAUCCCAUUCAAAAUCUUUGGAAGUGGAUACUCUUCAAAAUGAGUUGAAGACAAAGUUUGAAGAGAUUGAUAGACUGCAAAGUGAUUUGUUGUUAAAAUCUUCUGAUUUUGACAAAGUUCAAUCAGAGUUUGCAUCAACAUCUUUAGAAAUAAAAAAAAAUCUGAAUGACCUACAGGAAAAAUCCACAGAGAAUAACAAGUUACAAUACGAUUUGAAAUCAAAAUCCCUUGAGGUAGAAAAGCUUCAAAGUGAAUUAGAAUCAAAGACUUUGGAAAUUAAAAAACAUCAAAAUGAAUUCCAUUCAAAGUCUUUGGAAGUGGACAGUCUUCAAAAUGAGUUAAAGUCAAAGUAUGCAGAGAUUGACAGACUGCAAAGUGAUUUGCUGUCAAAGUCUUCUGAUUUGGAUACAGUUCGAUCAGAAUUUGCUUCCAAAUCUUUAGAAAUAAAAACAAUUCAUGAUGACCUGCAGGAAAAAUUUACAGAGAAUAACAAAUUACAAUAUGAUUUGCAUUCAAAGUCACUAGAGGUUGAAAAGCUCCAAAGUGAAUUAGAGUCAAAGACUUUGGAAAAUCAAAAACUUCAAAAUGAAUUCCAUUCAAAGUCUUUGGAAGUGGAUAGUCUUCAAGCUGAGUUAAUGUCAAAGUGUGCAACGAUGGAUGGACUUCAAGAUGAUUUACAUAAAAGGUCAUCGGAAGUGGACAACCUUCAAUGUGAAUUACAGUCAAAGUCUACAGAGAUUCAUCAUGUUCGAGAUGACCUGAAGGCUAAGUGUGUUGAGGUUGAAAUACUGCAAAGUGAACUAGAAUCCAAGUCUUUGGAAAUGCAGAAUCUUCAAUGCAAGAUACAGUCAAAAUGUGAAGAGGUUGAAAGUGUUAACAGUACAAUGAACAAUCUUCGUAAUCAAAUCACAGCAAAUGAAGAGGAAAUUGAAUCGUUGUCAAACCAAGUUUUGGAGUUGAACGCAAAAGUCAAAAGUUUUGAGGAGCGAGAUUUGGAAUUGUCCUUGGAAUAUAAUGGUGUAUCGGAGCAGCUGAAGGAGUGUCGUGGAGUCAUUGAGGAGCUUCAAAACACAAUUGAUGACAAAGAUAAGCGCAUUUAUCAACUUGACUCAACAAUUUUGGCUCUGUCCAAGGAAAGAACGGAGCUACAAUCAACCAUCUCUUUACAAACAGAACAACUCAACCAUUAUGAGUCAACUGAAAAGAAACUCAGAGUUGAACUUCAGUCCAAGUGUGAGAUGAUUGAAAAUACCACCAGCACUAUAAAUGAAUUAAGCAAUCAGCUUACAGUUUGCAAAGAAGAGCUGCAAGUAAAGAAUGAUCAAGUAAAAGAUCUGAAAACCAAGAGUGAUGUUAUGGAAGCAGAUCUGUCUUUGAGCUUGGCAAAAAAGACUGAUCUGGAGGUUCAACUGUCCGAAGCAUUGAAAAACAUAAAUCAACUUACCUCUGUGAUCGCUGAUAACAAGCAUCAUUUAGAUACACUAUCAGAUGAGAAGAGACAUUGGGAACUGAAGAAUGAACAGCAGGUAACGUCUCUUAAAUCAAAUGUUACCGACUUGGAAAUGAAAAUUGAGGCUAAAGAAGAAGAAUGUAAUGCUCUCCGCAAAGAAUUAGAAAGUGUAAAUGGCAUUUUGUUGGGUCUCCAAUCAGAAUACAAUGUGUUGGAUGUGAAAAACAAAGAUCUCACUUCUCAGCUGAGCAGUGUCACAGCCGGCGCUGCUCAUUUGGAGAACAUCAUUCAAGAAGACAACUUUAAAAUAGACCUCCAAGAAAGAACAAUUAAAAAACUUGAAUUUUCUGCUCUCGAAAAAGAGGAAAUUAUUAAAAAGUUAAACGAAGAAAUAUCAAGUCUAAGAAUAAUCAGUGAUGAAGCGAAACAACUUGUUGCAGAGAAAGAAGCCGAAAUAGCAACUCUAAAAACCAAGAUAAUUGAAGCUGAUUGUUUAAACAAUCGGAUUGUAGAAUUAACUAAUGAAAUUGACCGUUUGAACGGAAUCUUGAAUCCUCUUGAAGCCGAACAAAAAGAAACCGCAAAUGCGUAUGAAAUGUUGCUUGAAGAAAACUCUAAGCUUAGAAAUGAUUUAGUAGAGCAGGUUGGUAAGAAUACUUGGGUUGAAAAAGAGUUACAUGCCCAACAAGAUGCGGUCUUAAAACUUAACUCCGAACUAGAAGCUCACAGCAAAAAGUUACAAGAAGCUAAUGAAAUUUUGGAAAAAGCGUUUGAAGAAAACAGGUCACUUAAAAAACAAGUGGAGAAUGAUGAUCCUCAGUUGAAAGAAGCUUAUCAUAAACUGUUGGAUGACUAUCAAAGGAUGAAUUAUGAACACGAUGAAUUAAAAUCCAACUUGGACAAAGUGCGGCAGUCAGUGAGAGCCGAGUAUGAUGAGAUAUUGAAGAAGAUGAAGGCUCAUAUGAAAUCCACUUGUACACGUGCACUUGAAGUUAAAGAUGAAAAGCAUGCCAAAGAACUGCGAAUCCUUCAAGAAACGGUAAAGGCACAUCAGGACCACAAUAGUCAACUUAGCACCAAUCUUUGGGACACAAGCGACAAAUUACUCAUCACCAAAAAUGAAAACGAAGAACUGAAAAAGGAAAAUGAUGACCUUAAGAAAUCAAUUUUGGAGCUCAGAAGAAUGCUACACAUUAAUCAGAGCAUACCAGAUGGAUUGCAAAGGACCAGAUCACAUGAACAACUUGGCAUCCAGAACCAGAAGCUGAGGAUGGUGGAGGAAGAGACCGUCACUGUGUCCAGACGACAGAGUAUUCGAACCGUUCCUUCAGGAAUCGGUAUUAAACUAUUGCCAUCGGGUAAAGUGUUUCCGUCGGAAGACGAGGCUGAAGAAAUGUUCAACAACGACUGCCUGGCUGAUCUGAAGGCUGGCCGGUGUCAGGUACCCACGGAACCAGACAGAGUUUCUACGUUGAUGUACCGCAAUUCCCUUUGUCCUCCUCACCUUAAGUCAUCAUAUCCCGCUGAGACACAGUUCCUGCCCAUUGACAAUCUGCACGAAGACGACAUUAAGGGAAGGGGAAAUGGCGAUGAUACCAAACUUCUCCCAGACAAACGUCGGAAAGAUCGUACACAAACAAGUUAUAAAAGACCAGGUCCUCCAACUCCUAGUAAAAAUGGCGGCAGAUCUAAUCAACAGGGAAUGGAACUGAGAAGUGUCGUUGGUUCGCCGAGAACUGCACUUCGAGAGGUGAACGAUGAGAACCGAAAACCCGGGACUCCCAGUAGACUGUUCUCUAACAUAUUCUCAGCCAGACAACGUAGAAGUGAGAACAUACAAUCCACCCCGGACAGACGAAGGCUGAGUUUUUUUGGUAAACUUGUCAAAAAAGAACCAUCUGAGUAAACCUCAGUGCUCUCAUGUUGUUUUACCUUUUAAGCCAUUAUCCAAAUUAGCAUAGACAUUUAAAAUUGAAAAGAACGUGUAUUGUUUUAUAAAAUUGUUGUGAUUAUGUAAACUUGCAAACCACAUUGUAUGCGAUUGUGUUCUGUAUAUGAUAUAAUAAAAUUUAUUGUAAUUAUUGUAUGUUGUUCAUUCUAAAAGAAUAUGUUAAGUGAAAU